AUCACCAUUAUAUGAGGAGAACCUGAUGCCGCUGAGUGUCACACACCUCCUCAGUCACUGGACCCUGAAGAAGAGUCAUGAUGUCUGAUUCCAGGGUGUCCUCUGUCAUCCAGGAGUGGGCGAAUGUGUUUCCAGGUCAGACUCACGCUCUGAGCCCCGUCACCUCUGUCCAGACGGAAGCCAGCGGUCAGCUGGCUCACAUGGAGAUGCUGCAGUACAGCCAGUCUCAGGGAAUGAUGAGGGAGGGCGACGAGGACAGAGUGACCGAGCACAUGAUGGGACUCUCGUACCUGCCGUACUCCACAUCCUGUCUCAGCAACAUGUCAAACGUGGUCAGCACCAACCACCAUCAGAGCCACGCCAACACUCAGCAGGAUUUCUCAGUUUUCCUGCGACCAACUCUGAGGGCCCCAGUGAGCAAGAGGAGCAUCAGCAAGGACAGCACCGAGUACCGGCUGCGACGUGAGAGGAACAACAUCGCCGUGAGGAAGAGCCGGGACAAGGCUCGCAGGAGGAUCCUGCUGACCCAGCAGAGAGCAGCACAGCUGCAGGAGGAGAACCACAAGCUGCAGAUGAGGAUAGGGCAGCUGACGGAGGAGCUUAAUACUCUCAAACACAUCCUGUCACAGCGGCACAUGCAAGGAGCCGAGGAGGGAGUAGUAGGAGAGACUGGGAUGUGAGCAGAGUCAAAAACAUCAACGUCCAGGUCCAUGCAUCACAUCCAUCGGUUUCACUCUCACAGUCCAAAGUCUGCAGGUGUUUUUCCGAGCAGUCACCAAAGAAGGACACGUGAUGUGAAUAGAAAGCCUUUUUUUUAUGAAUGUAAGUAGUUAAUUAUAGUUUCAGACUUUAAAACUGUGACAAGAGAAAAGACAGGAAGUGCAACACACACCAGCAGGACAGCAGUUUCCACUAAGGACUCUCUAAGACAGGGGUCUCAAACUCAAAUUACCUUGAGGCCACUGAGCAUCUGCCGUGGCCAGUCAGGGGCUAGUUAAGUGAAAAACCUUUCAUAUGAUCUUAAAAUUAUAUCACGAUAUUCCAUCAGAAUUUCAAAAUAAGAGCGUCUGUGUUGACAUGGAGAUAUACAGUUCAAAAAAGAGACGUAUAAAAAUGAAUUCAUAAUGCAAAACAAACGCCAUUAUAAGUCGAUAUUAAGUGGCGGGCCACAUGAAAUGUACCGGAGGGCCCUAUGUGAUUCGCUUUAACGAAAACGUUGCCUAAUUAUCAACCUGAUACUUGCACAACAGGAUUUCACAACAACCUGUGGUUUGUUGAAGAUUCAAUAAAUUCUAAGUGUCUUUCUCUGUGUAGAAAACACCCAAGUGAGCGUGGAAUGACUUGAAACGAACGUUUUCCCCUUUAAUGUCUGUAAAUGUGUUUUAAUAAACAUGUGGUGAAUACAUUGUUAACGCAAUACUUUGUCAACUUUAAUGUUAAAAAAAUAAAUAAAUAAAUAAAUGAA